GAUUGCAACGACGUUAGCAUGGCUGACAACUGCUUUGUAGUGGCCACUGAAUGCUACCUAAAAUUACAAAAACUCAUUGAGGAUUCUACAGAGUCACAAACUCACAUGACAAAAGAACAGUUAACUGAAUGUCAUGAUAACAUGCUUAAAGUAUACGCUUUUCGGGCAGAAGUGUGAAAGCAUUGAGGUAGGAGGAGCGUUACUCACAAUUUCAAAUGAACAAAAGGCAACAACUUAUCAGCUACUUGCAAUGGUUUUUAUUGAAUUAGGAGAAGAAGAACAUUUUAAAAAAGCUCUCGAAGCCAUCGAUCUUUCAUUGCAGCAACAUGUUCACCUCAAGAGUUUGCAGUUUAAACUUAAGAUUAUGUUAUUGUUAAACAUGGAGGAUGCAGAAAUUAUGGAAGUCUUUCAUAAUAUCAUAAAUGAUCCAGUUCUCAAAGUUGAAUCUGGACUAGAAUGCAUUCGAUUGUUUGUAGAGAAAAAUAGAUUUAAAUUAUGCUAUGAUGCACUUGAUGUAAUGAAUUCAAAGUAUUCAAAUUUUAAUGAGAAUAUUCAAGUACAGUUAAAAAAACUGGAAUGCUUAUUGACUGAGCAACGAAUUCCUGAGGCAAAAGCGGUUAUUCAAACAGAACUUCUCCGUGGGAGCAAGAAUGGAGCAGCAUUUGAUAAGAAUAUUCUUAAACAGUUGCAGCUUCUUUUAUGGGAAACAGCACAUCAGUUUUUUGAGAAAUCCGAUUUUCUUGAAUCACUCUGUUGGUAUAACUAUUCACUACAAUUCAUGGAACAAUCCAACGAUGACCAUGAUAAUUUAUCCAAGUUACAGAGAAAUCGGUGUUCAUGUUUUCUGGAAAUGAAGAAUUAUACCGAGGCUCUCGCCGCAAUAAAAGAGGCUAAAAGUCAUGACUCUAACUCACCUCAAGUCUAUUUUUUGCUGUUUAAAAUUCAUUUAUUGAUGCAUAGUGAUGAUCAAGCAAUUGAAGCAGUUGAAAAGCUCUCUCAGCUGGGAUUGGAAUCUGAUUCUGUGGAAAAUGUACAUGGUCUUAUUUGUCUUACAGCACAGUUAGCUUUUGAGUGUGGUAAUAGAAAGAUUUCAGAGGCUGUUCUCGAGAAGAUGAUCGUUCAUGUCAAAGAACCGAAACAGCUUCUUGUUUCGCUAAGAUGCUUAACAAGAUUAAAAUUCACCAACCUAUCUGAAAACAGCAGUCUGGAGGAAGUCAGCAAUAUUUUGCAUUUGAUUGAAAAAGCGAACGGUAUAUUCAAAAACAUGAAUGACGCUGAGUUAAAAGAUAUGCACCAGGAAAUAUCAUGGUUUAAUAAGAUUGCAUGGAACUUGGCAUUGUCGUCCUCUGAUUUCCCAAAUGAAAUGCAACAGUCUUUUUUAAUUUGCUAUGAGUUAUCACAAAUGCUGCCAAAAGAAGAGUUGAAUUUUUCUCAGCAAAAAUCGUGUUUGCUAAUGGCAGCUGGUUGUGGAUUACAAAAUGCAAGAGAUUUACGAACAGAACAAGAAAGGGCAGACAAAUUGCGAGAAGUUUUAGAAAUCGUGAAGCAAUACUACAUUGUGUAUAAAAAGUUAAAAGAAAACAAUGCUUCAUUUCAAGACCCUAUGCUGGGCUUUCUUUUAUGUUAUGAGUUUGAAGUGAAAGCGAGACUUGGUCAGCAUGAUUUGGAUGACCUGUUUGAGAAAGCUAUGGAAUUGCCGUCUGGUCAAGUUAAAGUAUUUGAAAAUUUUGCAAGCAGCUCGUUGUCAAUACCUGAUGCGAUGGAAAACAGUGUGAAGGCUUUAAAACUGGCAAUCAAGUGUCAUAUGGAACAAACCAUAGUUGAUUUUCCUGCUGUGAGUAAGGUCAUUCACAGCUUGAUCAGUGUAUCGCUUCAGAAAGGGGGAAGCACAAACGCUGCAAGUAAAGAAGAGGCGUAUAAGUUUUAUGAAGACACUCUCAAGAUUAUUGAAGGUGAAGCGCAGGGGCAGUAUCCUGAGAUGGAAACAAUAUGGCUGAUGACAAAGGCAUGGAAUUGUGGAAUACAUUUGUACAGCGCGCAUCAUUACGAGGUUGCACAGAAAUGGUGUACAUUAUCCAUGAAGUUUUUGAAACAUUUAAAAGAAUUGAAAUCCAACUACGAACCACAUAUGUCGAGCGUCUUCGCAGAUGUUCUUUCUCGUAUCCAGCAAUCUAAAGUUCAAAUGCAAGUUGAGGAGUGAUUGAUAUGUGGAGAAGAGUGGCACAACUUCUAUGGAGGAACGUGUAUCAGCUUUUACAAAAAAAGGAUAGUUACCGGAUUUUAUUAGGUUUUUAUUACCACAAAAAAUAUGUAUUUAUUAACAUUGUUUGAUCCCUUUUUGUCGAGGCGUUUUAAAAAAUAAAUACAGAAUCUUAAUGAACUCAGGGUUGGAACAGUACAAUAAACCUAAAAUCACUCUUUCUAUCCUUCUAGAAUAAACCGUGUUAUAAUUCUAUCAUCGCCUACUGUACUCAUAAUUGUUAUUUUUAUCGCCUUUGAAUGCGUUUUUAUGUUUUAUUUUAUUUAUGGUAAAUCUAGUUUGAAGUAUAUGACUUAAUUUUUCGCAGAAGUGUUUUACAAAUUCUGAGGUGUAUCUAUAAGAGAUAAUCCCGCUUAAUUAACAAACCUAUUCGCGAAUCUUUACUCUCGAGUUUAAUCGUGGACUUUUUAUUCGAACUAAAGUUUUCCUCAGAAAAAAAUCAUGUUUUUGUUUCUUCUUUCCAGUGUGAUUCGCUGGACACAUGUAUUAUUUGCAGGUUGAUAAAAGGUCAAUAAGCUACCUUACAGUUUCUUAUUUCUUACGUUUUAUUGAAGUUGUAUUAUGAAAAAUUCGGAGUUGAUAAUUUACAAAAAAGUUACCGUGUCA